AUGGCGGGCGGUUUUCAACGACUUCGCACUCGUCCUGGCGUGGAGCCUUCAGGAAGCGGCCAGAUAUCUGGAGACCGACAAGGCUUACGAGACUAA